AGAAAAUGUCUACAUCUAACAUUGCAGCAAGAGUGGAAACUUGGCUUUCAUCCAAGUGGCAUGUUAAAGUUCCUUUGACAUGGCUGGAAGCAUGUAUUAGUUGGAUCCAUGAAGAAAAUACUGGUAGUAACUUAAGUCAAGCUCAGAUUAACUGCCAGGUAUUUGAGCAAUGGCUUCUUACCGAUCUAAGAGAUUUGGAAUAUCCCAUUUUGCCUGACUGCAUCUUAGAUGCUCCCAAAGGAGAGUUGUCAGGCUUCUACUCCAUACAGAUUGAUUCACUGGUUGAUGUCAGCCAGCCAGCAUAUUCCCAGCUGCAGAAGCUAAGAGGGAAAAGUACUGUAAAUGAAGAAAUAACAGCCAGCACUCAGGCAUUCCAGAAGGCCUGGGAAGCAAAGCCUACUCGAAUGCUGAUGCUGCAACUAACUGAUGGGAUACAUCAAAUUCAGGGCAUGGAGUAUCAGCCAGUGCCUGUCCUCCACAGUAAUCUUCUUCCUGGAACAAAGAUCACUCUACAGGGUAAUAUUGCAUGUCGUCUUGGAGUUCUUUUGCUUAAACCAGAAAAUGUGAAACUGUUGGGGGGUGAAGUGGAUGCUCUUCUGGAGGAGUAUUCUCAGGAAAGAGUCCUUGCUAGGUUAAUUGGAGAAACUGAAAACCCUAAUUCUAUUAGACAAGCUGGUCACAGCCAAAUUGUUUCAAGGCCUGCGGAUGAAUUAGAACAAAAUCUAGGCCCUUCAGAUGAAGAGCUUUUAGCCAGUCUUGAUGAGAAUAAUGAAUUUACUUUGAAUGACAGAACAUCUUUAGAAAGUGGAUACUGCAGUAGAAGCAACAAUUUUAGUACAGCCUCAGGUUCACUGGCAGCACACAAUGGAAACAUUUCGCUACAAGAAUCUGGAAGUCCUUUGCCUCAUUCAAAUGAACAAGUUUUGCCUCCCAUAGAAUAUGUUGAUGGCUUUUUAAAUGACUUUCCUUUAGAAGAUGACCCUUUUCUAGAAGAAGAGAUGCAAAGAGAGCUGGAAGUGCCACCAGUGGUUGUGAACAGAAACAUAGGUUUAAUUAGUGAGAGACUUCCUCAUACAUCUAGAAGCUCCUGCAAUUCAUCUUUAAAUGACACUUGUAAAAAAGGUGUUGUCAAUGAAAGAGACAAGCCUGUAGAAGCUACCAGCAAGCAAAAGACUUUUGAAAAAACAGUAUGUGAUGGAGAUAGAAAUAGUAUGAGUAGCUUUUCAGAGCACAAGAGCAUACAUCACACCUGCAGUUCUGCAGAUUUUUUUUUGGAAAAUCCUCCUGAAGAAAGGCAGAAUGAUACAGACCAAGAUAAUAGUGGAUGUAAAUCCCAGCACACUUCUGACAGCAGACUGUUAAAUGAUGAUCCUGUAUUUUUCUCAAAAAUGGAUCCAGAAGCAGAUCAGCAGAAGCAGGCCUUUCCUUGCAGAGUGGCAGAGGCACAUUUAGAUGUAGAUUCUCCACCUUUCACAUAUAUUUCCCUUCUCCUUGCAAAAAAACCGGAAACUGUUACAAUUCUGAAAGUUAAGUGUUUUAUUGUUACUCUUACUGGUACCCUCACAAACAGGAAUGGGUACUGGGGUGUAAAAGCAAAAAUUUCUGAUGGUUCAGCUUACCUUGAAGUAGAUCUUGCUGAUGAUAUUCUAACAAGUUUGAUUGGCUUUUCAGUGCCUGAAAUGAAUAGGCUGAAAAAGGAUCCAGCUUUGCAUCUGAAGCUUAAGGAUGGUUUAGAGAAAUGUCAAAAACGACUGAUAGAUCUCUGUUGUUUGAUGACUAUAGAGUUUAAUCCUCUACAGUCUAAAGCCACUGUAUUAGUUCUCCAGGAUGCUGAUGCAAGGCAUCUAGAACAAUUGAAGAAACGUUUGAAUAAAUAA